AUGAAAGGAACACUUGAUAUUCUUCGUCGAUGGUCAUAUCCACUUGUACCUGAAAUAAUAGCAUCAAUGCACAAACAACAAUUAUCAAUGGGUAAAAAUCUAGCAUCAUCUCAAAUAAAAUCAAAUGAUUCAUAUUUAUCAUAUUAUAAUAUGUGUUAUCCAAUAAUUUAUGAUAAGCAUAAUAUAUAUAAACAGGGCGACGUACAAUUAGAUCGUUUAUCAAAUAUUCAACAAGAUGUUUUUAUUGGUUAUAAAAGUCAAAUUUUAUCUGGUGUAUGUAUACGUUCAUCACUUAUUGGACAAAAUUGUAUUAUUGGUAAAAAUACAAAAAUUGAAAAUUCAAUUAUAUGGAAUCAUGUACAAAUAGGUGAAAAUUGUAUUAUUAAAAAUUCUGUCAUAUGUGAUAAUGUACUUAUUCGUAAUAAUGUACAAAUUGAUAAAGAAUGUAUACUUUGUCAAAAUGUUAUUAUUGGUACAAAUGUUCAUUUAAAUGAACAUCUGACUAUAAUUGCAUCGAACUCUAUAACAUCAAUAGCUGUAAUAGAUGAAAUUGAAAUUGAUAAUGACACUACAAUACCAUCAAAAAAUGUUAAACGUUCAAAUUCUAAACCAAGAUCUAGUUCAACAAGAUUAUCAGAAAAAUCUUUUUCAGAAAAAUCAAUUAGUUCAAGUAUUGAAGAACCUGUAACAACAAAUAGUGAUUUAGUUGGUAGUGAUGGUUUAGGUAGACAACUUAGUUUUAGUUCUACACAUGAUGAUCAAACAAAAACUAUGGAUCUCACAGAUGAUGAUGAUGAUGAUGAUGAUGACGAUGAUGAUGAUAAAGAUAAGAAUCAAUUAAAUGAAUUCGAUGCAUGGGGUCAUCGUAUAGAAAAUAAAGAUUUAUCACAUGAUGAUGUUGAUAAUGAAAUUCAAACAAAAUCAUAUCGUUCAUCGAAUUUAAAUAAAUCUUCUAAUCAACCAUCAGAUAUUCUAUCGGAACAUGAAACAUCAGAAAGUGAUGAUAAUGAAGAUUCAUCAUCAGAAACUAGUUCAAUAAAUGAAACCAAUGAUGUUAGUGAAUUUCAACAAGAAGUUAUUCGUACAUUAGAACGUGCUUAUACACAAAAACUUCAUAUAGAAAAUAUUAUUGUUGAAUUAAAUAUGUUAAAGCCAACCUAUGAUGUAUCACCAACCGAAUUUGAUCAAUCAAUAGUACGUGCUGUAUUUUUAUUACCAUUUGAAAAGAAAAUAUCGAAUUCAGAAAAAACAAAUUAUUGGAAUACAUUAAAAUUAACUAUGGAUCAAAUAACACAAUUUAUAUUAAAAAAUUAUAUGAAAAUAACAAAUAAACAAUCACAAAAAGCAUUACUAAAUGAGCUAGAUUUAAUUUGUUUAAAACAUAUUCAUCCAAUUGGUGAACGUAUUGCUAGUAUACUAAAUUAUUUAUACGAAAACGAUAUUAUUGAUGAACAAUGGAUUCUUCAAUGGUAUGAAGAGAAACAAGAAAAAAUUGAAAAUAAUCAAUUAAUAAUAAAACCAGAAGAAAAAAUUUACUAUGAUAAACUUAAACAACUUGUUGAUUGGUUACAAAAUACUGAAAGUGAAGACGAUGAUGAAGACGACGAAGAUUAG